UUCAGUGGGGACUCUUUAUAGGGAGACGCUCUUCUGCAGCUACACGUCAUUGAUUAGAGUGUGUGGAUCUGCGGGUUUUAUUCAGUACUUUAUUAUUAUAUAUCCUGUAUUAUAAAUCAGCAGCGGGAUGUCUGACUCCGUGUUCUCCGUGCUCACUCGUUUUGUGGAGGAGUACAGGAACAGAACCUCCAGCAAGCUGAAGGUGAUAGACGCCUAUCUGCUGUAUAUUUUACUGACUGGAGCUUUCCAGUUCCUCUACUGUUUACUGGUGGGAACUUUCCCCUUCAACAGCUUUCUGUCCGGAUUCAUCUCCUCUGUGGGAUCCUUCAUCCUCGCUGUGUGUCUGCGUAUCCAGAUCAACCCUCAGAAUAAAGGAGAGUUCCUGUCCGUCUCACCGGAGAGGGCCUUCGCAGACUUCCUCUUCGCCCAUACUGUUCUCCACCUGGUGGUGGUUAAUUUCAUUGGAUGAGUGAAGACCCUGUUCUCAGCUGGUGCUACUUUCUGCAGGCAUGGAGACGUGGUGUUAAUGCCUUCCUGACCAACACCUGACAGUGAACUUCAAUCAGUGCCGUUAAAAUAGAGAUUUGUUUAAUGUUUAAUAUAAUUUGUCAAUAUGUCAAUAUUAGAACAGCUGUUUGUUCAUCUCAACAAAACACUUUUCUACUUUUCUAAAGUUCUUCAGUUACUGAAACACAAAUAAAGUGACUAAGAAUGAUUAA